UUUAUAUUUUGACGAACGAAUUGAAAGAAAAGUUAGUCACUAGGCGCACAAUAGAUCUUUUAGGUCGGGGUGCACAAAUAGCCUAUUUUUAAAUAAUAAUUAGUCACUAAGAAUUACUGAUUUUAUUGAACAUUCAAACAUUUAAGGACUUAUUUCAAAACCUUCGUGCGAAAAGUCUCCUGUUUAUUGGUGUCAAAAUUGUCAAAUUAUUGCUAAGUUAUAUAAAAUUAUUGUGAAUUUAAAGUAAUUAAAGUUUGAACUACAUUUAGAGCAAACUGAUAUCUCUCAGUUCCUUCAGAGAAAACGUGUUUACAUUACUAGCUCAUCCAGAUUCCUUAUUGCUUGGUCCAUAGCGUGUAUUCUGCUUAAUAAAUAUGGAUAACUCAGGUGAUAUGACGUCCGUCACUAAGUUCUACAACGACAGCCAAUUACGAAUUUGCUUAUUGUGUAGUUACACACACCCAAUGGUUGCCUUGAAGUAUUUCGUAACAAGAAUCAUAAGUGACUUCGUUAAAAUUGAGCAGGAACGUCCAGAAUGCUUGCCAGAUGCCGUGGUUCUGGUCAAAAGUGACGAAAGGUUUUUACUGGUUAUACGUCUCUUGCGCGACAUUCAAAGACCUUUUGAUACUGUUAUGCGCAUAGUCAAAAAUGCAAAUGAGGCAUUCUAUUUGGCAUACAAGGAUGAAAUUAUGGCCUCGUUUCUGGAAGGUAUUAUCAGUUUUAAUAAUGAAAUAUUGGAAGUGCUUGGCUCCCUUAGCGAAAUUGAAGUUAGAAAACUCUCCAAAUUAAAUGUGAACGAAGUAAUGCUUCAAACUAAGAUACAAGUUUUUAUAUUGUUGGGAAAGAGGCGUCAUGCAACAAAAAAGUUAUUGGAAACUAUUGUGGAACGCAACCCUGGUCAUUGACUGUAUAGUAUUAUCAAGUCAUCUUCAUACUCUUAUAAAUAUGUAAACUUAUAUAAGUUAUGAAUCCGCAAACCUGUUUGAUUGGUCGCAGCAUAAAAUAUUAUUAAUUUAUCUAUAAUAUUAUUAUAUUAUUUUACGAUAUACCUAUAUUAUAGAUUAUGAGCUUUUUAUGUAAGAGUACAAUAGACCAGAGUAAUGUUGUGUCUUAGUUC